GAGAGAGAGAGAGAGAGGGCGUGACAAGGAGUGAAAAGAUAAGGAAGACAAGAAGAGAAGGAAAUAUAAUUAGAGAUAAGGUGCGUGACGUAAGGGAGGUAACUCGUAAGAAGGCCAGGCUAGCUUUGUGUCUAUUUCAAUUGACAAUUGUAGCGUGAGCCUGUUUAUAUCAUUUCUUACUGACGCCACAAAUAUAAAACUUACUCCCCCAUACACUUUCUGUUACCUAGAAUGGAAAAAUACUCGCUGCGCUGAUUUUAUCUGAGGCUAUUCUGAACUUUUGUUUGUUUGUUCACAACAUUAAUCAACACAAACUUAAUUCCGAGACUUGAAGUAAAUUUCAAACUGAGCUUUCACUAUCGUUCUCUCUCCCGCCUUGAUUUGUAUUUUUUUCCCUUCUUCUUCUUCUUCUUCUCCGUCUACCCUACUCCACAUCAUCCCCCACUUCUUUCAUUCGUUCUGUCUAUCGCGGUUGAACGUUCGCCCUUUCUCUUCAAAAGUAUAAAAUCUUUUUACGUCUUCAGGUAUUGAUUAUAUUUUUUUGGAUCAAGUUAAUACAUUUUUAAAGAGAUUUUACUCAGACUUGGACACACGCACACACAUCCAUAAUAUACAAUGGGCAAUAUCGAAGAAUUGGUACUAUCAAAAAUCAACAGCAAAAAGGUUGUGAUAUUUUCCAAAUCGUUCUGUCCAUUUUGUUCCAAAGCCAAACAGGCUUUCAAAGAUCACAUUGGUAGCAUCAUCACUCCUGAUGAUUAUGAAGUGAUGGAAUUGGAAGAUCAUCCAGAUGCAGAAAAAAUCUUGGAUUACUUGCUAGAUUUCACUGGAUCCAGAACGGUGCCAAGAGUAUUUAUAAAUGGAGUGUGCAUCGGCGGAGGAGACGAAACGGUACGCUUAAAUUGUGCUGGUGAUUUAAGAAGGCAGUUGGAAAUGUGAAUCCUACUCUCUGUCUUGCAGCAGUUGUUCUCGCAACAACUGCACAUUGUGCAUAUAUUCAUUGAACAGUUCUUGAAAUGGUAUCAACAUUAGUGAAAGUUUUUUCUUUCUUUUUCUAUCAUGGUAUGCAUUUUUGAAUAAUAUUUCUUUUGCCACCAUUCAAAUGGUCAAUAAACAAAAGAAAUGAAAACCAAAUACCAUUGUGUUGGAUGCUGGGAAGUUUAUACGUAACAUUUGUCCCCCCCACCCUUUUUUUUCUUCUGGUGAAGGAGUUUUGUAUCAUAUAUCUAUAUCUAUAUCUUUCUAUCUAUUGAUAUAUAUAUAUAUAUAUAUAUAUAUAUAUAUACCAUUUUGAUAAUGACGGUUCAUUUAUUUAUGAAUGAACUUUAUUGUGUUAAUAUUAUGAUGUUUCCCCACUUUUUCUUAACACAAUCCCUAAAUUUGAAAUAACCAUUUCCUGAUAUAUAUCUACAUAUAUAUAUAUAUAUAUAUAUUUUCCUUCUUACUUUCUCAUAAAGAAAAUAUUAACUAAAUCAGAAAUGUUUACCUGAGAGAUUUUCUCUUAACUAUACACUCUCACCUUACCUCUAUGCUAUUCUUGUAUUCUGUUUCCAUAUUUUUUACUGUAUUUCUAUCCACCCCCACCCUUGGCUUUCUUUCUCUCUCUCUCUCUCUCUCCUCUCUCUCUCUCUCUCUCUCUCUCUCUCUCUCCCUCUUUCUCUGACAUAUUCAUUGACUGUUUUGUAUUUUUUUAUAUUUAAUAUCAUGAAAUUUUUCAUUAUACUCACAAUCCAGAUCAAAUAUAUCUAAACAUUUACUGAAAAUAAUAAUUUUUAUUAUCAGUUUAUUUUAAAAUUAAAGAUGUUUAUUAGUUUAAUUUUUUUUUUCAAAUAACCUACAGUCAAAUUUUUGCAAAAUUAUUUUACUUUAGAAAUUUAAAUAGUGAAAAAACAAAACAAAACAAAAAAUAAGAAGAAAAAAAAGAAACAGAAUCCUUUCUCAAACUCUUACUAUAUCUUUCCUUCUCAUUACCUCUUCCUUCCUCUAAAAUAAAAUUAACAUAUAUAAAAAUAUCAAAAAUGUUGAUUAGUUAGUCACAGGUGUUUAAAGUAAAAUUUAAUUUGAUUACAAAGUGAGUUACAACUUGUAAACUUUUCAAUGUUCUUCUACAUUUCAUUAAACUUUCUAAGAGACAAAUUUGUGAAUGUUUCAUAGUAACUACAAGUUUAUACAGAAAAUAUAUUUAAGUAGAUUUGGAUAGAAGUGGGAUGAGAUGAUAUGGUGCAGCUGUAUGGAUGCUGAUGGUUUGGCACAGCUGACUGGACAAUCAGGCUGUCUUGGCAAUGGUAACUUUUGGCACUGGAAGCAAACACAUGCACACACACACACACACAUGCACACACAUACACACACACACAGAUGCAUGCAUGCACAAAUAUAUACGCAUACAGAUAGAAAGAGUGAAAGCAAACGACACAGAGAGGGAGGGACAUUACAGUUUAUCAGUUGAAAAUGAUCGGUACAUUUCCAUCUCUUCAGACACAUAAAAAAGAAAUAUACUCACACAUCUCUUCAGACACAUAAAAAGAAAUAUACUCACACAUCUCUUCAGACACAUAAAAAGAAAUAUACUCACACAUCUCUUCAGACACAUAAAAAGAAAUAUACUCACACAUCUCUUCAGACACAUAAAACGAAAUAUACUCACACAUUUCUUCAGACACAUAAAAAGAAAUAUGCUCACACAUAAACAAACAGAGUAAGAAAACAUGGGGAAGGAGAAGAGAAUGGGAGAAACAUUGAAAUAUCUGAUGUCAAAUAAUUCAGCAAUGCCAAAUGGGCAGUGCCAAAAUGGCUGUGCCAUAACGUUCCAGAGUCUCAAGAAGGUUACAAAUUUCAUGUGACAUAUUUCAUAAGUUUCUGUUACCAUUUGUUGCCUUAAAAAAAUAUCCCUGUUAUUUUGUUAAUGAAACAAAGUUCUUCAAUCUUAUGAGUAAUUUUCUUCUUUCUUUUUCUUUCUUUUUUGGUUGAUAGAAAUUUAACUAAUUGAUAUUUUCAAAUAGCAAUAUUUCAUGUAAUUGUGGGUCAUGGAUUGAAUUGGUGGAGCAUUGGAUUACAUAUAUUGCAAUGUUAAGUGAAGUCCUUUUACAUUGUUAAGUUCAAAAAUUCUUUAGAAGUUGGUAAGUUACAGAAUAAUGAUUAAGUCAGUAUGAUUGAUUGCUCCCUACUUCACCCUAGCACUCAUCCACUAAAUUUGUGGCCUUGUGCCUAUGUUAGAAAUCCAUAUUCUUUGUAAUUCCUUUUAUCUUCAUUAAAAUUUCUUAAAUGUCAGAAUUUAGAAAUAAAACAAAAAAGUAAAAAAUAAAAGAGAAAGCAACAAAACAAAACAAAGGCAGUUAGAUUUAGUAACACUCAUAAUUUAUUUAAGAGGCAAAGUAACUGAGUGGAUAAGCUAGCCAUAGUGAAUCAUGAGUUAUGAGUUCAAUCUCUACUCAAGUGCACAACAAAAACAACUUAACUUAUGUGCCUCCUUUUUCCCUAUAAGAACUAGAUCUUCAGAAGAUGUAGGGACCAGUUUUCAAAAGAUGUAGGAGCCAGAUAUUCUGGCAUGUAGGGACCAGAUACUUUGGAAAUGUAGGGACCAGAUAUGAGGAUUUAGGGAACAGUUCUUCUGAGGAAGUUGUUUUCAAUCUGGGAUGAAAUGCAUCUCUUAGUCAUUUAAUGAUAUGGAUUUGGAGUUAAACAUUGGUAUUACAAAACUUUCAAGAGACUCUAAAAUAUAUUUGUCUUAUUUUAUUUAAUCAAUGGGAAAAAAAAAUGAGUCUAUAUUUAUAAUAGAUUAUUAUUUAUAUCAUAUAUUUAUAACUAGAUGAUUGUUAGUUAUUUUGAAAGUAAUCUUAUUUGGUUGUCAUAUAGUUAUUAAUCUAAUCGUAAAAUAUCAAAAGGUCUAUUUUUCACCCUUAUUUGUGUGUGCAGGUUUUUUUUUUAUAUUGGAAAAAGGAUAUUUAUAUGUUAGUAACUCAAAUGUUUUACAAUUUCAGACUUGCAUUUCAUGCAUUUUU